CUGCAUGACAGCUCUCUCGUGAAAUGGUGGAAGCACGUCACAUGAAUCACGAUUCGAGCGUGAACUUGUUGGGCUUGAUAGUGAACAUCCAGACCCAUGUCUCUCUGAAGCUUCAACUUCCGGCAGUCCUGUCCAUUCGGAGCAGAUGGAUUGCCGUGCGGUGGUUGUGCCUUGUGCCCAUGCUGGUUGCCCAGGAGAUCGCGUUGAUGCCCUUGGAGAGGAUGCUCUCCGUGGUACGCUCUCGUUGUGCGGAGAUCUUCAGGUACACCGCCGACCUCAACCAGUCGGGCGACGCCGAGCUGGACGACGGUGACGGCGCCUCAUCGGCCGACGCCGACGCCGACAGCGAGUUCGUGCUCCUGGAGAAGGAUCGCGGUGUCGAAGCUCGCGGCCAUCGUGCACCUCUCGACCAACCGACCGACUACGACGUGAACGACGAGCUGACGGAGGACGAAGUCAUGGUGCUGAAUUGGACGCAGGGGGAGAACGCCGUCGUCAUCCAGCAGGACCGGCACCUCGGACGCGGGCUCCGCGAGCGGGCGCCAGUCGUACGUGACCAGACGCCUGACGCUCCGGAGCCACGCCUCGAGCGCCACGCCGAGGAGCGCGGAACACUCUCCGGCGGAGCACGCGCGCGGUCGUGCGGGGGAGCCUGGAGCGCAAGUCCUUGA